GGCAGCCUGCGGGAUAGAAGGUGUGAUGUGACCAGAAGGAUGCUCGACAGUCGCCCGUGGAGGCCGUCCUGAUCGAAGCGCCCAUCCGAGCCAGCCAGCCCGCCGACGCCACACCUGUGCCCUGUCGAUCGCGUCGCACGGAUAUCGGCCCGGUCCACAGUUGGUUCGCGCCGCGAUGGCAGGCUACCGCCUCCCAGCGUCCUCUCCCCUCGACACGCUCGUCCGCAAGACUUCUCAGCGGAGGCCGACGAACGAACCGGGUCGCGCUCAUGCACCCCCGCCGCGCCCGGCCCCGCCGCCCGGCUCGCCGCUCAUCCGCUCCCGCUUCGACCAGGCGCGGGACGACGAGAGCGUGUACACCGACGCCAGCUCGUUUCGCGCCAGGCACGCGUAUUCGGAGAGCAAGGCCAGCACGUCCUACGCCGGCUCGUCCUACUCCAUCUACCCGGCGGACGCCGGGCUCGAGCACUAUCCGCCGUUCAACACCAACGACCCAUCAUUCAACUCUGGCAACCGCGCCGGCCACGCCAGCGAGCCCUCCGUCGACUCGUACAUCGACAUGAACUCGCCCGUCGACGACGACCAGCCGCUGGCGGACGCGCAGGAGGCCGUCCUCGCCGGCCUCACCGACACGUACCGCGACGACCGGCCAGGCUCGCACCAGAACUACGACUCUGCCCUGCGCGACUCGUGGCCGGAUGCGAAGCGCGCGAGCGAGGGCGUGCAGAGGGCUGCCAGUGGGCGUGGACGUGGUCCGCCGUCGUAUGCUCACGACACCGUCCGCGCCGACGCCAAGCGGCCCACCCCCGGCCGCCAAGACAACCCGCACGCGAGCAACGCGUUCAAGUCCGUCUACUCGAAUGUCGAUAGUGUCUAUUCGCAGGACGACGAUCGCAACUCCUAUGGGGGUCCUGGGUACCCUGCCUCUGGACGCUACACCCGCAAUUUGGACAGCAUAUACUCCCAGGACGACGACGAUCAGGCGUACUAUGCCGAUGCGUCUGGUGCGGCGUACACGGACACAUCUGGUGCGGCGUACCCAUCUGACUCACCCCUUCGCGCAGACGGCCCCUCCCCUCGCCCUGUGAUGAUGCGGAGUGACAGCAAGAAUCGAAUUGUGUUUAGCGCCCACCCCUCCUUUGCCGGGCCCCCCGCGCACGGUCUCCCCGUCAAGGGGCCCGUGUGCGGGGGGCGUGGGGGUGCUAUCUACGGUACUCUACGCGUGCGUCCUAGCAUGAUCCCGAUGUAACCCCUCCUACCAGCAUGGUCCCUCCUACCAGCAUCCCUCCUACCAGCGUGACCUCCCCCUCCCAACGUGACCUCGCUUACCAGCAUGACCUCC